AUGGGGUCGACGGGCGGUUCACGCAAGAAAGUGACCAUUCAAACCAUCCAGAACCUCUACAAAAAGAAUGAGCCCAUCACUGUCCUGACCGCAUCCGAUUUCCCGAGCGGACAUAUCGCCGACACGGCCGGGAUGGAGAUCGUGCUUGUGGGCGAUAGUCUGGCGAUGGUCGCAAUGGGCAUGGAAGACACGAAUGAAGUAACAAUGGAUGAGAUGCUGCUGCACUGUCGCAGUGUAAACCGCGCCGUGAAAAGUGCUUUCACGAUCGCAGACCUGCCGAUGGGCUCAUACGAAACCACGCCCGAAAAGGCCCUCACAUCCGCUAUCCGGAUGGUAAAAGAGGGCGGGAUGAAAGGCGUGAAACUCGAAGGCGGCGCGGAGAUGGCCGCGACCAUUCGCAAGAUCUCGCAAGCGGGUAUCCCCGUCAUGGCGCAUAUCGGACUAACGCCUCAGCGCCAGCACUCGCUGGGCGGGUUCCGGGUGCAGGGUAAGUCGGCUGCUGGUGCGGUGAAGCUGCUCCGGGAUGCGCUGGCGGUGCAGGAGGCUGGGGCUUGCAUGGUGCUGAUUGAGGCUGUGCCGCCGGAGAUUGCGGCGAUUGUGACGCAGCGGCUGAGGGUGCCGACUAUUGGGAUUGGGUCUGGGAAUGGGUGCUCGGGACAGGUUCUUGUGCAGGUUGAUAUGUUGGGGAAUUUCCCCGAGGGUCGGUUUUUGCCGAAGUUUGUUAAGAAGUAUGCGGAUGUUUGGGGGGAGGCGAGGAGGGGGGUAGAGGCUUAUCGGGAGGAGGUUAAGAGUAGGGCUUUCCCUUCGGAGGAGUAUACUUAUGCUAUUUCGAAGGAGGUUUUGGAGGAGUUUGAGAAGGUUGUUGAUGAGGUUUCGUGUGAGAAGGCUUAG